AAAACACGAUACAACAUGCUGAAAUUUGUUUCACGAAAACCUCCGAAAGGAAAAGCAGGCAGUCAACACUAUCCUGACUACCAUAGCCAAGAGACACAGGCUCCUAAAGGUCACCAGACAAGGCUUUUUCGCGCGAGGGCAUCUUCAGGAAUGAAAAGCCCUCCAAGUUUCGACCCCUUAAGGGGGGAUAAGUCUCAUAUACACACGUCAGAUAAUGCAGGAAGGGACAGUUUGGGAUAUGACGCAACCAGUGAAAGUCAGACAGAUUGUGUAUAUGAUAACUUGGACAAGGUCAGAGAAAGGUCAAGGCAAAUACAGGAAAAUGGUCAGGAUAUCAGUUUUGACUCCUCUGACCUUACAAGGUCAAGGUCACCAAGCAAUUUGAGUUCUGAGUCGUCACCUUAUGGAAGUUUACGCAAAAAACAUGAAAAGAAUCAGGACCCACGGCGAGGUGGUCAUGGAUACCGUCAUGUGACAUGGAGUCCUGAUGUCACCAAUGGUGACAAUUUACCAAUGAUAAGUGAGAAAUAUGUAUCUGCACCUGCAGGAAACUUACACUACAAAUCUCCUUACAAUUUGGCAACGAGGACUUACAUGGCUGACGACUAUGUCCAUAAAAAACCUGAUUUGUCACAUAUACGUUACACUGUUGGCAAUGUGAAAGAUUGUAUACAAACAGUUCCAGGACCAGACAUACAAGGAUCUGGAAGGACUGUCAACAUGGCAGAACAAUUUAGGGGAGACAAGCGUACGAAUGUGUCAGAUUUGUAUACCUCGCAUAAUAAACCAAUGCAAUCAACAUCAUUGAAUUCGACCGAUUCAAAUUUGAGUGACAUUCAUAUAGGACCACGUCAAUUUCCACGGGACCUUGACCAAUCUCUCGGUGAACAAUCACUGGUAACUGACGGUGCCCCAAAUUAUGCUUAUUAUACAACACUACCAGCCAAUUUUAGCAUGCGAUCAAACUUUGUGUUCUCCCCGCGUGUUUGUAGCACUCCUAUUAAGGAUUUGUCGAAAACAAAAGAUAGACCAAGACUAAAAGUCAUCAUUCCACCGAAGGAUAGUGACUUUUUAACGACCAAUCAGCACACAUUCCAAAGUCAUGUGACCAACCCAUGUGCAUCAGAUGGAGUGACCAUAGAUGGAAAUGAUGAAUAUGACAAUAUUGCCACAGAUCAAAUAGAACGUCACAGAAGGAAAACGAGCGACAUGGCACGACAGGAUGUAUUUAAAGCAGAUAACAUUUCUAUUACACACCAGGAUGGGGGACCAUCACAACAAUCUAAAACUAAUUACCAUGGGCUGUUUACACAGUCAGAACCAAAUAAAAAAGAACAUCAUAUACAACGCUCUAAACAACCAGAUAAAAUGGAUCAUGGUCAAAAACACGUUCGUAGGGGAUUUCCACGACUUUUUCUCCCGAAAGAAAAAACACCGAAAAAAGCUCAUCCAGAAAGUCAUCCUGAAAUGGUUGCCAUGACAUCUGGUAUAUACAGUCAACCAGCUGUAAGUGGACAUCCCAUCACUGGCACUACCACCACCAAGGAAUCAACAGGAUUUCAGGAUAAAAGGGAUGGACAUUAUCACCAUUUUGACAGUUUAGUGAGAGCUCCUAGGAUAAUUCCUGAGUCAAAAAAAGUGGAAACUGGUCCAGUUCUGUAUCAACAGAUACAAAAAGGAGCUGAGGGGCCAGGUAAAGGAGGCCACUUAGGGAAGAGUUACAUGAAACAGCCUCCCACUCAUACUCCUCAGGAGAGACAAGAAAGGGGACAAUACUCAGUGGGGAGGUUCAAAGAACAGACCUCGUCACACAAGGUGAUGACAUCGUGUGUUCCUCAAGUCAACCAUGAGGUGAAACAUGAAUCAGUAAAAAAGUACCAGUAUUCUCCUAGGGAGCCUCCGGCAUCAGGCUCUAACACACCGGGCACAAACAUGUCUACCCUACGGGACAUGAUCAACAGGGCACAGGUAGAAGAUGACCAGCUCGUACUGGACCUCGUAUACAUCACGGAAAGGAUUAUCUCGAUGUCCUUUCCAUCUGAUGAACACGAAGUCACCUACACUUAUAACCUUAAGGAGGUGAUGAACAUGCUUCGCACGAAACAUGACGAUAAUUGUUUGGUUAUCAACUUGUCCGAGCCCAGACAGGACCUGGAAAAAUUUAAUCCCAAACAUGUGAUAGACUACGGCUGGCCUGACUACCUGGCCCCGCCCCUGGAGCGCCUCUGUAACAUAUGUAAGGCAAUGGACUCGUGGCUGAGUACAGACGGACGUCAUGUGGUCGUCGUACACUGUAAAGGCAGCACAUCACGCAUUGCUGUUGUCAUAGCAGCCUUCAUGCACUAUUGUAGUAUCUGUGCAAGUGCUGACCAGGCAUUAGAUAGAUUUGCUAUGAAGAGGUUCUAUGAUGACAAGCUAGGGGGAAUAACUCUUCCUUCCCAGAUCAGAUAUGUAGAAUACUUCUACGGCCUGCUAUCUGGUGCAAUAAAGAUCAAUAGUAAUGCUCUGUACCUUCACCACAUCGUUAUACACGGGGUGCCCAACUUCGACACACAGGGGGGGUGUCGGCCCUUCAUCAAAGUUUACCAGGGGAUGCAGAACAUCUUCACGUCAGGCGUCUAUAAUGUGACUGACCAGAUGCAGAAGGUGUGUAUUUCCAUUUCGCCAGGAAUCCCGCUGCGCGGGGACAUCAUGAUCAAAUGCUACCACAAGAAGGCCAAGACAGGACAGCGGGAGGUGGUGUGGGCUUGUCAGUUCCACACUUGUGCCAUCUCUGGGUACACUCUCACUUUCGCCAAGAAAGAUCUUGAUGAUGCCAGAUCAGACCCUCGAUUCCCAGACACAGGAAAGGUGGAAUUUGUGUUUGGUAAUAGUCAAGAUAGCAAUGUCCGAGUGACAGAUUUUAAGUCGGAUGUCACAGUACCAGUGGAUGACGGCACAGAUGCUCUGGUGAGGUGGGACUCCUACGAAAAUUUCUCAAAUGUCAAAAACACUGAUGGGAAAAUUAAUGAUGUGAAUGAAAACAGUGUGACAUCUUCAUCAAGAGAGGGCGCCACCCACACCAUCCGAGAUCAGCACUCUCAAGGCCCAGUAGAUGGCAGUCUGUAUGCUACCGUCACUAAACGCAAACAUGAACAUGUUGAAACCACGAGCAGUACACUUUUUCAAAACGGCACAUCACAUGAUCAACAAAAUGGCUCCCAUACAUCCAGCGUGGAUUCUGGUAUCUCUGCAUCCUCUUCCGGUAUCGCAGGUAAUACCAGUUCAAAUAUGAACACCACAAGCACAAGCGUGAAUAUUACGCCUCAAUAUACAGCUAACGUUAAUAACAACGACACGUUACACCAAAGCUUUUCCUCCACUUUGAACUCUUCCAAGUCAAGUUACAAUAAUGGUGUUUCGGGAGGACAGAAAAAGUCUGUUCCCCCGUUGGAUGAGCAGACACAGUUGGACAUGAUUCUUAGUGACCUACUUAAUGAUUCAGUGUUUGUAAGUCCACAGAGUCCGCCAAAAAGUGGUGCUAAUUCUGUUUCCAAGGACACACGGACUUUCCGAACAUAUGACACACAAUCCACUCCAGAUGGCAAAACUAUGUACCAAACUGCUGAGGUUACUUAUAAAAUCCCAGGUGGUUACAAGGAAGAGAGAAAUUAUAGCAUGACUAAAACUGAGGAGAAAUCUUAUGUGCCUAAAAAUGCAUUUAGUUAUACUUCAGGGCCGACGUCCCCGGAACUUCAGCGAAAGGCUGAAAGUCCAAAGACUCACUCACUGCCCUACAGAACAGACUACGACAACCGCUAUUACAGCAAUAAUGAAUCAACAUUUAAUCGGACAAUGGACAGCUCACGAUCCAUGUCCCCGAAUGAACAGACCUCAUCCUGGCUGCAGGAGCAGCAACAGAAACUGCGCCAGCGAAAAGACAGCAAGGAUGAGAAAACUGUCCAGCAGGAACGCCAGCUGGUUGAGGAACUCAAGACGGCACAAAAUAAGUACUUUAUGAAGCGUGCUCAUAACCAAGCUGAGGAACAGGCGACGAUGGACACAUAUCGUAGUGCGUCAUCACCGCCACCUGUUGCCAACGGACCUGUUUCAUCAUCCUACACCGUGACUCAAAACCACACAUACUCAACAGAUCGAUCUGCCCAUGAGCCAGUGCGGUCCUUCUCGCCUCCAAGCUUCACAGGUGACUCCUUCUAUAGCACAUCCUACAAGUCCACUAGCACUUCAUCAACACAAAAACCACCCCCAUCCCCGGGCCAACAACGUGCCCCACCCCCUAUCACUUCCCCAGUUACUCCCCCUGUCAGAACAAGUAGUAAAGACUUCAUGCAACGCUCCCGUAACACAAGCACUAGUUCAUGGCAGGGGCGUGUUGGAUCGAAGGAGCCAGAACAGGAUAUAAAACCAGCUGUUAUACGAGCUAUCAGUGUAACCACCCCUCCCCAAUCCCCACGCCCAUUUUCUCCCGUUCAAAAGCAGCAGACGUACCAAGUGUCCAGCACACGGACCAUGGUCGAACAGCAGCCCCCGCAACGGGACCAGCAAAUAGAUAUACAGAUGACCUUGCCAGUGCAUGCUCCAACCAAAACCAAGGUCACAGAGGUACAGGAAUUUAGCCACCCAGAGGGUCAGAAGAAGUCACAUUACAUCACAGAAGUUUAUGUCCACCGGACAGCUGGAGCAGACGGGACAGGUACAACACAAAGGAGUACAACAGCAGAACAGAAGGAAAAAGUGGAAAAGGAACGCAACCGAUUGGAAGAAUUGGAAAAAUCUCUUCAGGCUGCUUCUAAUUCUAUUAUCGCCACAACACCAUGGCAACAACAGCAGAAGAGCUACUCAACAACAGAACGACAAGUGACAAGGCGUGUAGAGACGAGAAAAUAUGAGACACAAAAUUUUCAACAGCAGCAACAGCAGCAGCAGACACAGUCUGUGAGUAGUUAUGAUGGACAAGGAGAGGUUCCACCCCUUUCCCCACCUCCUCACCAGAGAAGCACGUCACCCGAGUGGGAUAACAUGAAUAUGCAUGGUUCCUUUACGGUAGAGAGAGGAAAUGAGAAAGUUGAAUAUCUUCCAAGAAGGUUAUCAGAUGUGAAUAACAGGCAAGAGAUGAAGUUCAAUAGUUUACCAAGGUCAGAGGUCAGUGAGAACAGUGAGACUAGUGAGGUGGGAACUCAGAGAUCUUUUGUGGAAGUCAAUUCAGCUUUGAACAAUCUGCUUGGAGAGUUGACUGCUUGGACAAAGGAGUCACCUGAUAUGACCUUGAACUAUGACCUUGAUUCAUUGAAGGUUACUGCAGACAACAUGUCUUCCACAGAGAAUCAAAACCUGAAAAGUAUUGACCAGAAACAGGAAAUGGUUGAGGUCAGUCCAACCAAACUGAGUCUCUCCAAAAGUCAUACUGGCCAAAAGGGAGAUAACUUUAACAGUCAAACAGCCCAAAGAGAAGAUAACUCUUUCCAAAGGAAUCAAGCAGAAAUGGAUGUCCAUUGGGGAAGCUGUAGUCGGAGGAGCAGUAAAGACGAAUUGGAGUAUGAUAGUGACAGAGGUAACAGAGACUUUGUGUUGGGGACAAGGAGUCGAGAAGAACUUCUGUGGGGCAGCAACAGCCGAAGGGGAAGUAGAGAUGAGAUACUGUCACAUGAUGGAAGUCGGAGGGGUAGUAGAGAUGAAAUGCUGUCACAUGAUGGAAGUCGGAGGGGUAGUAGAGAUGAGAUACUGCCACAUGAUGGAAGUCAGAGGGGUAGUAGAGAUGAAAUUCUGUCGCAUGAUGGAAGUCGGAGGGGUAGUAGGGACAAAAUACAAUCACGUGAUGGAAGUCGGAGAAGUAGUAGGGAUGAAGUAGAAGCAGGACAAAAGGUAGAUGUUUAUAUUGCUACUAGUCAGCAAGUAGCUACUCCUCAGAGCCUUGUUGCCAGUGAAUUCAGGCCACAUAGAGAAGAAGUCCUGACUGAUGACGAGAUUGAUGUCUCUGUUCCAAGUUUUGGAUUCCAUUCAGAAACUGUCACCAAUUCUGCUGAAGUAUGUCCUGUUACAGGGGCGAGGAGCGCAGAGAGACGAGAACAACAUGUUGCCGUGAUACACGAUGAACAACCUGGAUUGAAGAGGACUCAAACUCAGCAAUGUGAACACACAACAUCCUCAACACAUGUCCAGCCAGAAGUGACCAUUCAUCAGAGAGGAAAUACCACAAACUGGUCAAGUCAAAUGACCUCACAAUCAAACCAACUCAGACAGACUGGUCAGUUUGUACAAGAAAAUGUCAGUAAUUUAGAGCCGAUGCCCCUGACCAGGUCUGCCCAGAGUUCAGGUAAACAUGAGUGUACCAUCAACGUACCUGGUCAAGGAGAGCUGAGUGCUGACCAACUGGGGAUGCUUCAUACCUAUCUCACAGAAGGAGGGUCUUCUCUUAAAACUGACGGGAGGGAGGCGUCUGUUAAAACUGCUACAACAAUACCUGGUGUUCAAGUGGAACUCGCCAAUGAAGCUACUGGGUCAAGUAACAGAAGGCAGGCAGGAAGACAGGAACCUGAUCUGAAGAUGAACCGCGGAACAUCUGAAUUUGAUGUGGAUGAGAAUGGCCACUACAGUGUAGUAGAUAGAUCGCAGAUGUCUAAGUCAUCCAACAGGCAGCAAUAUGUCACAUCAGAUUAUCAAACCAUUGAUUCUGUUCAAGGAUUAGAAAAUACUACAACAACUAACGAGUCCACAAGAUUUGCCAACACUACUGGGAUGAGACAAAAACAUUUCCUCACCUCAGAAUACCAGACUAUAGACUCUAAAGAAACCACAACCCUCACAAAGUCAAAUUCACAGGCAGAAUUCACCGUCACAGAAUCCAACACAGCAGCAGAUGAGGUGAUCUACAGUCAAGUGAUCAAGAAGAAGAACCAGGUACAAGCUAUAGCUCCACCACCUCCGAAACAGAUCAGUGUCGUGGAGGAAGACAAGAUCAGUCUCCGCCCGAUAGGCCCUGGAGUUCAGACACUGGAGCCAGAGGGAAUGGGAACCAUGGGACGUUCUGGUGCUACCACACCAAGCUUUCCCGUUAGCCCAGUCGCCUCAGCAGAACAGUUUAUCCAGGCCGUACAAGCUAAAGUACGCCGAUUGUCCCUCGGAUCUAACCAGGAUUUGCAUGCAACUCCACCAUUCCCUGUGUCCCCCAGGACUCCAUAUUAUAACCAAGCGCCCACGCCGACAUUGUCGCCCUCCUCACCAUUCGCUAGCUAUGACAAAGAUGAGGCCUACAAUAAUAUGGUCGCGCGACAGAUUUGUCGUGGCUCCGACCCGCUUUAUGCUUCCAUCCCUGAAGAUGUCGGGGGCCUCAGGCGAUCAGGUAUUGUCAUGACAACUGCCACAAAAAAAGUUUUAUUUAAAUACGAAGCGAAAAUGUUGAAGACCUCCACUGGCAGUGUGUCAAGCCCGUUCAACACGGUGUCAUCGACGACAUCCCAGCAUCACCUCACCCAGCAUCAUCAACAACACCAGAUGCACCAUCAGCAGCCACCGCCACCACAGCAACAUCAAGUCAUCCAACAGCAACAGCAACAUCAGCAACAACAGUAUACACAGCAACAACAACAUCAACAACAGCCGUUUCCACAACAACCACAACAUCAGCAGCAGCAGUUUACACAACAACAACAACAUCAGCAGCAGCAGUAUACACAGCAACAACAACAUCAACAACAACAACACCAACAACAUCAGUACCAGUACCAGCAGGAAUACCAUACCGGAGGACGUCACCAGUCUGGGAGUGUGUCUUCACAAGAUGCUGGACACAUCCUUCAUGUGGACACUAGCCCAAGGAUGAUCUCUCCUGGUGGCUCCAUGGCCAGGACACCAACCAGUCCACCCUCACCAAGCAGUCUGAACACACUGAGACAACAACUGAGUGUUGGGGGUACUAUGAGCCCAACCUCCCACUCCAUGACAGGUCAAAGUUCGCCUAGCCUUUACUUUGGUACAUCAAGACGAGGCAGCAUCUCCUCACUAGCUGAAUCAGAACCAGCCCACAUCACCACACCACGAUUUGUCAAGGAUAUGUCUAAAUACUGGUACAAGCCUCAAAUUACUCGCGAGGAUGCCAUUAUGCUGCUUAAGGACAAACAGCCUGGCGCAUUUGUCGUAAGGGAUAGUAACUCUUACCCUGGGGCUUUCGGCCUUGCUCUCAAGGUCGCACAGAUCCCACCAAAUGUACAAACCAAGUCAACAGGGGACCCCUCUGCCGACCUUGUCCGACACUUCCUCAUAGAACCUACUCAUAAAGGUGUACGGUUACGAGGCAGUAACAACGAACCUAUCUUUGGGAGCCUAGCCUCUCUGGUAUACCAGCACUCUAACACACCACUGUCGUUGCCUUGUAAGCUUGUGCUUCCUGACGCAGAAACUGUGGCAAUGGAAAGUAGUAGCAGUACUAUGGACAGCUCUGUAAAAACAGAAUUGCCAAGCUCAGCUGCUGCACUUCUAGCUCAGGGUGCAGCUUGUAAUGUUUUGUUCCUGAACUCUGUGGAUACGGAGUCAUUAACGGGACCACAGGCUGUCGCCAGGGCAAUGAAGGUGACCUUUGACACCCAGCCAACACCCAAGACAACAGUAGUACACUUCAAGGUGUCCAACCAGGGUAUAACGCUCACUGAUAACCAAAGGAAGUUAUUUUUCCGUCGACACUACCCUGUAUCUGCUGUGACAUAUUGUGGUAUGGAUCCUGAUGGACGAAAAUGGAAGAGAGAAACAGAAUCUGGUGCUCUGAUGGAAGCAAGAGUGUUUGGCUUUGUUGCGAGGAAAUCUGGCGGCCAUUCAGACAAUGCAUGCCAUUUGUUUGCUGAAGUUGACCCUGAACAACCUGCAUCAGCCAUAGUAAACUUUGUAACAAAGAUUAUGAUUGGUCAAAGUGGUAAAGUGAAACCAUAGAAACAGGCUUGAAUUUGACCUUGUGACCUCUGUAUCCUAACUGACUCACUGAGCAUGGGCAAAGGAAAAAAAAACAAGGUGAUUCAAUCAAAACAGAGAUCCCAAGGUCGAAGGCAACUAAGGGCACCAAUGUUUCCCCACAUGUCUUUGGAAAUCAAAAACAAGUGUCAUUACUUGGUUACCAUGGAAACAGUGAGAAGUGAAGAUCAGUCAAGUGGAAAGAUGGAAUGUAGGGCAACAUUUACUAUAACUAUGGUAUUGUGCCGUAGUAAGAGAGGCUUACUGUGUGAAAGACCUCUAUUACAAAUGAUAAUGAUGAUAACAUUUGAAUUUGUAUACGAAUAUAAUCAACAAAAGGGUUUAUUAGUUUUUUUUGUUUUUUUUUCGCAAAAUUAAGCUUUACAUUAUAUAAGUCAUCAUUUUUAAUGCUUUGUCUAUAACAGUGUAGAAUAUAUGCAACUUCCUUAGAGUUUUCGAUUCAGAUGUAGUCGCCUUGCUCCGUUUUUCCCCCUUUUCGAUUAUUUGAUGCUGAUAUUAUUUAGUCUUACAGGUUACAGUUAACCUGUAAUUAUGCAUUACUAUGGAUACACGUAUCCAUGGAGAGUAGAGACCGUUGGCAUCGUUUGUGCCUUGUUACAUUGUGUUUACAAGAGAUCUGAUUGGCCAGUUGGCAAAUUAUUGAGAAGAGAACUUCUCAUAUUUCAGUGUUUUGGUCAAUAAGAUUGGCCAAUAUAUAUAUAUUAUUUUUUUUUUCAAAAUGUGAUUAUUCAUUGAUGGUAAACCAGGUUAGCAUUUUAAUUCAGCUAAAGAAUGAUAAACUUUUAAACAUUGUAUGACCGAUUCAAAAUCUAUUUAGACCCUCUGAUAUUUCAUCUAUGCAAAGAAUUAUCAGACUUUAUUGUUUGAGCGGUAACCAGAUUAUUAGUGCUACCGAGACCCUCACAGCUAGCCUACCUUUACAGAGUUUGAUUUACUGCUAUCAUUGAACAGUGGUAUAUAUGACAUUGUAUCUGUUUUGUUGUGUACCUGUGCAUCAUUUUGUUCAGUCAGAUAAUGGAUAUUACUUUGUCUUGUGGAAGUAUUUUCUGAUGCCUGGCUCUCUUCCAUACAUAAUCCUUUACUCUGGAUGUCGAGUACCUUUGUGUGUCACAUCGACACAUUGUAACUAUGGCAAUUCUGCGAGUGCUGUUAGAAUGGAGGACAGACAGGGGUCGACAGUGUGUGUUCAAAUGCUUUAUCGUUGUUUAUAUAUGAACGACACUACGUCUGCCUCGUUACUAUGGCGAUGGUGAUGUAGAGUUGUAACGAGCUGUAGAUGUUAUUGUGCAUAUUAUUAUUAUUAUUAUAUUAAUUUACAUGUUGUUAAAUAUGUAUAGGUGAUAAAUAUUGUAUAGUUUAAUGGUAUUUAGUCAGCGAGUUCAUAUUUAUUGAUAUUUUUUGUCUGAAAAAAUUUUAACAUUAAGAUAUAGAACACAUCCUUCCCCAUGACCUUGUCACUGCGCCAGAUUUGGCGACACCUGGGUGCUGUAUACAGAAUUGGACCUGCUACGAUAUUGCCAUUUUUUAAUUCACUGAAUCAUAUUUACAACCAAACGAUUGCUUUUAUCCUUCGUAUUACUUAAUUAUACACAAAACGAUGAUAAUAUACGGUCAGUGUUAUUUACUCCCUUACUCCCAGACAACAUAAUUUAUAUAUAGAUUUGGUAUUCAGAACAACUGCAUUUAGUGUGGAAGGUAGUUUUGAACUUCUGGGGGGAAAUUGAGCUACAAGUUAAGGCAGUUUUGAACUGCUUUUCUGCUUAUAUUAGUGCCUUCAGACUUUCAUCAAAUUGUUACAUGAAAUUUGGAUUUUGUUUUAAAGGGAAAGUUUUCAAAACUUUCAAAAUUGUAAGUUAUCAUUUUUAAGUGAAAUUUUGUUGAAAUAUAUCUUAAAUCAUAAAUAUUCAUCUAAAUUAUGUACACAUACUAAAGGCACUUUAUUUUCAAAGAAAAGAAAACGUCACUGCUUAUUUUUUUUCAAUAGGUUGUGUCCCUACAUGUUACAGGUGUAUUUCAAAAUUCAAACUCACAAACUGUUUUUAUCUACCAUGAAAUUAAACCCAUAAACUCAUUGAUCAAAUUAUAUUACCAUAACUGGGUAUCUUAUUUUUCUGAAUAUUGAAAAUGCAAUUCAGAACAUUAUCAUCAUGAUUUAUUUCAUAGUCUUUUCACCAAGUUUCUAUGAUGAAUAAUUUUAUUCAAUAAGUAUUAUUUGCUUCAUAAAUUGUGUGAUUUUUCCAAAUGUAAUCCUUAACAUUUCAAUUCAAAAAAUCUUUUGGCCUUUUUUUAUUCAAAUCAAUAUUAUCAAAACAAAAAUGUUUUUCAAACAUCAUAUGGACAAAAUUUUGGCUUGGCAAAUUUACAAAGGGGCAUAACUCUUCCUGUUACAAAAAGUAAUUUGAUUUUUUUUUUUUUUAAUUUGCAAUAAUACUUAGUCUUGCAGUGUAUAUUGUAAGUGUUAAAUGUAAAGUAUACAACCAGGUAAGCUAUAUUUGCACUGUUAAAUACAAUCCUGGACAUGACUACCAAGCUCUUUGUAGGAAUGUUACUCGCAUAUGUCAAACACUAUAUGUGGUUAUAUUUACUGAUGAAAUAAAAAUCAGAUAUUUAUCCA